AUGGGAACCUUCAAUUUUGGAAAGUACAACGGAAAGACCUUUGAGGAAGUGUUCGAAAAGCACAAAUCAUAUGUGACAUGGGUUAAAAAUCUGGAAAAUCCAUCUGGAUCUCUAAUACAAUUUAAGAACUAUGUCAUAGAAAGGGAGAAGGCAGAACCUGGACAGCAAAACAGCAAAUGUUCAGGAAAUAAUUUUUACAACAUAGAAGAGAAUCCACAUAAUAGUAGAACUUAUAGCAAUAAUAGAUACAGUAAGGGAGGUAAAAGUUCCAAUUAUUAUGGGUAUUAUGAAAAGGGAGAUGCAGGGCACACACCGAGAAAUAGAAGAUCGCUGGGUGAGAACUCCAGUGCUGUAUUUAAAGAUGAAGGGAAGAGUGGGGGUAGCAACGAAAAGGAUGUAAAUAGUGAGUUUACAACAAAAUUUGUGAACACAAUGAAUAGUAAAGAAUACAAGAAUUAUGAACAAAAUAUUAUGAACGAUAUAAGUAACAGUUAUAACAACAAUGAAAAGGGUGAAAAAAUUGAAUUUGAUAUAAUCGUAGCGUUUGAAAUAUUCAGUGAUGAUACAUUCAAAAUAGUGCAAAGAGAUAAUAACAGCAGUGGUGGUAGAAAAUUUGCAAAUUUUAAAAAUUUUGUCCCCAAAGAACUUUUUAAAAUAUUAUCCGAAUUUAAUCCAACUUUAAAAAAAACAAAUAACUAUUCUUGUAUUACCUUUGAAGCUGACAAGUAUGAAUAUGUUUUAUCCAAUUUAAAGGAAAGAUGUACCAUUUUAGGAGGUAUUCAAAGCAUUCCUAACUUUUUAUUAAAAUGUUUUAAAAAUUAUAGCCGAUUUUCUGAACCGCAAAAAGUUUCUGACAUCACUGCAAACAUUUUGACAAGUACAUUGUGUCCAUACACGAAAAAAAAUUAUGAAAAAUUGGAUAUCUUAGUAGGUGAAAAAUUAAGUGCAGAAUUAAAAAAUUUUCAAAGAGAAGGAGUAUAUUUUGGUUUAAAAAAAAAUGGGAGAUUACUAAUCGGUGAUGAAAUGGGGUUGGGAAAAACAUUACAAGCAUUAGCAUUGAUGGCAUUUUAUCAAGAAGAUUGGCCAUUUAUUGUGGUCUGUCCAUCUUCCAUCAGAUUUCAAUGGAAAGAUCAGGCAUUAAGGUGGUUAUCUCAUUUAUUAUCCGAAGAUCAAAUAUGCGUUGUAAAGAGUGGCAAAGCAGACAUACCUCGAAAUUGUAAAAUGAUUAUCAUUUCGUAUGAACUAAUAACUAAAAAUGAUAAAUAUCAAAAUAAGUAUAAAUCCAUUGUUUGUGAUGAAUCGCAUUAUUUAAAAAAUUCAUUUUCUAAAAGAACCAAAGCAAUAACACCAAUUAUUAGAAAUGCUAAAAGAUGUGUGCUCCUGUCAGGUACCCCUGCAUUAAAUAGACCUUCAGAAUUGUAUGAACAAGUAUCUAGUAUUAUUCCAAACUUAUUUAAUUAUCAUGAAUUUUGUGAAAGAUACUGCUUUAAGGAUAAAAAUAUAUACACAAGAAAAAUCGAAUAUGUUGGAUGUAAACACACUGAAGAGUUACAUCUAUUUUUGACAAAUACUAUCAUGAUAAGACGAUUAAAAAAGGAUGUAUUAAAAGAACUCCCAGAAAAAUUGAGAUCCAAAAUUCCAGUGGAAAUACCACCCAAAGAAUUAGGAGAAAUUCUUACCUAUUACAGAAAAUUAGAAACUAAAAAAAGCUUAAACAUUUCUGACAAUUUUGAUGAUAUAGAUAUAUCAAGCAUGGGUAACAACUCAUAUCAAUAUGACACUUCCAUGAGCGAAAGUGGUAAUAGAGGAGAUGAUGAAAAUAUAUCGAUUUCCCACCUGUUUAAAAUGACAGGAUAUGCAAAAGUCAAAGCUAUAAAAGAAUAUAUCACAUACUUAAUCGAUGCGGACAUUAAGUUUCUUUUAUUUUGUCAUCACAAAUUAGUAAUGGAUGAAAUUGAUGCUUUUUUGAGAGAAAAAAAAACCGUGUUUAUACGAGUAGAUGGAUUAACUCCUAUUGAAAAGAGAGAAGUUUAUAUUAAAAGUUUUCAAAAUGAUGACAAUGUAAAAAUUGCAUUAUUGUCAUUAACGGCAUGUGGAAUAGGAUUAAAUUUAACUGCUGCAAACACUGUUGUUUUUGGAGAGUUAUAUUGGGUUCCUGGACAAAUAAUACAAGCAGAAGAUCGCGCACACAGAAUUGGUACAACUCAUGAAAUUGUCAACAUUCAUUAUUUAAUUGCACAAAAUACAAUUGAUGAAGUUGUGUGGAAAAUUAUUAACAAAAAAUGGAACACCUUAACUACUGCUUUGAACGGUAUGGAAGAUUCACUAAAUGUUAAAGAAGUAAACAAAUUCGAUAAAUUUAUGAUAGAUUUAACGAAUGAUCCUAAUAAAUCAUAUCCCACCUCCUUAGUUACAACUCCAAAAGUUAAGAGAAAAUCAUAUGAACAUAAGUCAUUUGAAAGCACCAGUACUAAUAGUAAAAAGGACAGAGAUAUAAGAGAUUUCUUCAAAUCAGCUGACAAAUCUGCGGGAAAAAAUGACUUUCCAGAUUCAACGAAAAAGAGAUCAAAUAAUACACCUACGAAUGAAUACUCUUCUAGUAGCACAUCUCCAUGUUUGAUGCAGAAGCGACACAAGGCGGAAAGUUCCUUUGGAAGAGGAGGGGUUGACGAUGCGUGGUGA